AAUUGAAAAUUUGAAAGGAUAUACAGUCCCUCAGUUUCUCAUUGGAGCACGGAAAAUUCAGAAAGGUUCUCUUUUUCCCUGCCUCUUCUUCACUUUUCUUCCUCCUCCUCCUCCUCCUUCUUUUGUUUUUUCCUCUCUUUUUAAUACAAGAAUCUCUUAUUCUAUCACAUCAACUUAGCCUUUUUCUCUAUGAUUACGUUCCCAAACAUUCUGAUUAUUACUUUAAUUCUUGUGGUUUAAGCUUUUCUUGUUUGAAUUAAUAUAAUAAACUUCCAUUUCCGUAACCUCUGCAUCUUCCAGCGGCGUGUUUUUGUCAUGUAAUGUCCAUCUUCACGAGGAGUUGACAGUAUUUUAAUUCCUUUUCUUUGCCUUUUUGAUUUCCAUCUUUUCAAAGAUUGCCGCUUUUUCUCUUUCAUUAGUAGAUUUCUAAGUUUUUUCUACUAAACUUUAUCGUCACCGAAGAUUGUGAGCUGCCGAGCUGCUGCACCAGCUACUUUCUUUUCUUUUGUCUAAAUGGGUCUUUUCGUUUUGUAACGUUUAACGUUUCCUGGAAUUUCUCUCGCGUUCUCACUCUCUCUAGUCUCUACUUUCUACCAACUUUCUAGUUCUAGUACGGAAGAGCAGCAACCACAAAAUGGGUAGAGCUACAAGAUGGUUAAAGGGCCUGUUUCGGAUAAAGAAUAACAGCAAUAAGGACAUUUGUGACCGGAGAGACGAGAAGCGGUGUAGUUCUGGUAGGGACUCAACUGGGUUGUGUCACAAUCCGGCUACAAUUCCACCCAAUAUUUCUCCAGCAGAGGCUGCUUGGCUAAGGUCAUACUACAAUGACACUGAGAAGGAACAAAAUAAGCACGCUAUUGUAGUAGCAGCAGCUACAGCUGCUGCAGCAGAUGCAGCAGUUGCCGCAGCCCAAGCGGCGGUGGCAGUGGUGAGGCUAACUAGCCAUGGCAGAGGUACCAUGUUUGGUGGUGGACGAGAGAAGUGGGCUGCUGUCAAAAUUCAGACUGUUUUCAGGGGUUAUCUGGCCAGAAAAGCAUUGCGAGCAUUAAAAGGAUUGGUGAAGUUACAAGCCCAUGUUAGAGGAUACUUGGUAAGAAAACAAGCAACUGCAACCCUCCACAGCAUGCAGGCUCUUAUUAGAGCACAAGCCACCGUCCGUUCUCAAAGAGCCAGAAACCUCACAAAAACCGAUAACAGAUUCGAAAUUCGAGCUCGAAAAUCCAUGGAGAGAUUUGACGAAACAAGUAGUGAGUACACAGCUUCAAUCCACAGUAGAAGGCUUUCAACAUCACUAGACACCAUGUUUGUAAACCCUACCGAUGAAAAUCCGAAGAUUGUGGAGGUCGAUACAGGAUUCAGGCCAAAAUCAAGAUCUCGCAGAACUAACACCUCAGUUUCAGAUUUAACCGAUGACCCAUUCUACCAAAUUCUAUCUUCUCCACUCCCAUCAAGAAUUCCACCACGUUUAUCAAUGCUCGACACACGAAAAUUUCAAGAUUCGUACUGGGGCUUAACGGGUGAUGAAUGCCGGUUCUCCACCGCACAAAGCACCCCUCGGUUUCUAAAUUCAGGUGGGUCUAACGCUCCGGUGACUCCUGCUCAGAGCGUGUGUGGAGAUAAUUUCUUUUGGCAGUGUGGGAAUUGCCCUAAUUAUAUGGCUAAUACUCAAUCUUUCAAGGCUAAGGUGAGGUCACAUAGUGCUCCAAAGCAGAGGCCUGAGCCUGGGCCAAAGAAGAGGCUUUCACUUAAUGAAUUGAUGGAGUCGAGAAAUAGUAUGAGUGGCCUUAGAACGCAGAUGUCUUGCUCGCAAGUUCAAGAAGCUGUAAGUUUGAAGAAUGCAGUGUUGGGUAAGCUUGAUAAAUACGCAGCAUUUGCAAGAGAACCAGAGAGAAAUUAAUGGAUGCUUGUGUGGAAAAAGACAAGUGAUUAAAUCGAAACAAGUUGAAAUCUUGUAAAAGUAUUGUAAGAAUUUUCUCAUUGCUUGUGAUUCAAGAAUCAAGAUUUGUGUCCCUUCGUCAA